GCGGUGCGAGAGGCGGGGCGGCGAGAUGGCGGCCUCCCUGGGCCGGGCUGCGGCCGGGCUUCUUACCAGAUUGCAGACUUCAGCUCUCACAGUACGAACUCUAUCAUCAUCAAAUCCCAUUUCUCACAAUAUCCCAAGCUGUGUGUGGAAACUGGGCCGACUAAACCAUGUAGCAAUUGCUGUACCUGAUCUGGAGAAAGCUCAGUCCUUGUAUAAAGAUGUGUUAGGAGCCCAGGUGAGCGAGACUGUUGCUCUUCCUGAACAUGGUGUCUACACUGUUUUUGUGGAGCUGGGAAAUACCAAGCUUGAACUUCUACAUCCCUUAGGAGAGAAAAGUCCCAUUGCAGGCUUUCUGAAAAAAAACACAUCUGGAGGAAUGCAUCAUAUCUGCAUUGAGGUUGAUGACAUAAAAGCUGCUGUGACAGAACUGAAGAAAAAAAAGAUACGAAUAUUGAGUGAAGAGCCAAAAAUAGGUGCACAUGGCAAGCCUGUGAUUUUCCUUCACCCUAAAGAUUGCCACGGAGUCCUUGUGGAACUCGAGCAAGCUUAAGCUGUAAUAUUCAUAAAUAAAACAAUAGAUCAGCUGUGAAGUUACUGAGCUGGUGCUGGGAAUAUUGAUGUGGUAUUCAGUCUUUACAAGUUGACUGUAGUCCCUGUGGAUUAAGUACAGCUUUUGAGUACCAAAAUAGUGCUAUAGAUUUGGGGUUGUUUUCUUUUGGUUGUUGUUAUUGAUCUGUUUUUCAGAAUUAAUCUGCUGGCAUUCUUAAAAUCUCUGUGAUUCUUAAGACAAAUGCAUGAGCAAAGUUACAUAUGUAACAGUAAUUUAGGUUCUGUUGCCUCAUGUUUGCAGCAUGGUUUUACCUCUGUAACCACAGAAACUGCAGUUUCUAGGUCAUCUCACAUUAUUUUGUUCUACAUUUCAGAGCAGAGACCCACUUCUCAGUGACAACAACAUAGCUUAGAUAUUCCCUUUAGAAAGAAAGGAAAAAUUAACGUUGUACCUUCUCUUUUCACCAUUCCACGUGUGCUUCACACUGAUUGAUUCUUUCAUGCAAUAAAAAAAAUCCUUAUGUUAUAGUA